AUGAAACUGGACACCGUGUUCAUGUUCCUGGUGGUCGUUGUCAUCGUCUUCACAGUCGAGCAAAUCUGUCCCCUACAUGAACUGCAUAGGAAGCUGCAAAAUGGCACCCUGGUGCCCUGGGUGAAGAGUACAUUGAGGAAACUGUGUUCUCACUUUUGUUUUAAGAGCAUAAAGAGGGACAUGGAGAUAUUUUACCGCGAGAAGUACAUAGUUCCGAAGCCGUGCUACUUUUUAUUUUUCAUCGUUAGCGGUUGCCUGACCCUGGGCGCCAAGUGGCUCAUGCACAGGGUUUCGCAGCCGCUGGGCGAGCGCUGGAUCCCCCGCAAAAAAUGGAGCGAACGCAUACGCAAGAUCAAGGUAGCUAGGUUCAACCUGAUGUUCUUCAAUUUAUUUUACUUCACCCUCAUCAGCGCACUUGGUUUUGUCGCGCUCAGCCGCCAGACCUUCUUCCCUCACGAAAUGGGUGGCCAGGGCAAGCUCAGCGAUUACUUUGCAGGCUACCCCAAGCAGAAAACCUCCCAUCUUAUACACGUGUAUUAUUUCCUGAAUGGUGGUUACCUGCUGACGUCGGUGUACUCCCUGCUCAUGGUGGAGAAGCUGCCCGAUUUUUAUGAAAAUUUUUUGCAGCACCUGUGUGCAGUUAUCCUGGUUUACUUUUCCUAUGGCCAGAACUUCCUGCGCGUUGGAUCCAUCAUCAUGCUCUGCCACGACAUCUGCGAGGUGUUCUCAUCAGCGUGCCGCGUCUUUGUGGACACGAGACACAAGGCAGUGACGGUCAGCUCCUUCUGCAUCCUGUUCUCAAGCUGGGGGUUCCUUCGCCUGUACAUUUUUGCCAAGAGGUGUAUACUACCAGUGCAUAGAAACCUCCACAUGCUUAAACCCCUCAUUGGGUACGAAGCUUGCGUAUGGCUCAUCUUUUUGCUUCUAGUCAUUCUGUUAAUGAAUGCUUAUUGGUUUGUGUUGAUGGGCAAGAUGUUUAUUCACUUCGUUGCGAGUGGACAGACGGAAGACAUUUUAACGCGCGUGGACGAGCUGCAGGAGGGGGACAAGAAGACUAAGUGA